AGUCGGUUGUUGUGAGGGAAGUUUAUUGCAGAAUGAAUCAUAGUUUUAUUUUGUCGAAUUCCCGUUUAAAUACACAUUGUUACUGUGAAAAGUGCGAAAAACUGUUAUUUAAUAAAGGUGAAUUGCUGGGAAAGUUUAAUUUUGGAGGACUUUCUCAUUUAGAGGCUUUGUUAAGCCGCCUCGAUGUGAUUUGAAAUGAAACGUUUGCGUGUGGAUGAAACGGCAAAAGAUGCAAGUGGACCACCAAUAAGUAAUAUCUAUCGUCAGGGAAUACCAAACACCACCCCCACGAUUGCAUAUACAAGCUCUGGUACCGUGAAGGUUUUAGGAGAGGUUAUGCAGUCUAGUUUAUAUCCACCGACACCGCCUGUGAAUUACGGAGCGAUGCCUGCUGCCGCCGCUCCUCAUUCGGGCAAACCCCAAGCCAUGCAGCCCCUAUCCGUCAGUUCCCAUUCGCAGAUACGAACUAAAGGUGCGUCGCCGCCGUCCGCACAAUUACAAGGGCCGCAACCGCAGCAAUCCCCAGGAAGCAGCAACUUCCAACGUCUGAAAGUAGAAGAUGCACUGUCGUACUUGGAUCUGGUAAAGUUUAAAUUUGGUUCUCAACCUCAAGUGUAUAAUGACUUCUUGGACAUUAUGAAGGAAUUUAAAAGUCAGUCGAUCGACACGCCCGGCGUCAUUCAAAGGGUAUCGAACCUAUUUCGCGGAUUCCCAGAUUUAAUCGUCGGCUUUAACACGUUUCUUCCGCCCGGGUAUAAAAUCGAAGUGCAACGAAAUGAACAAGGCUACGCCUUUCAAGUUUCCGUGAGCAUGCCAAGUCCGACGGGAACUAUGGCCAUCGAUCCGCAACAGCAGCAGAAGCCCGCAACCAUACUAAGCGGGUCGGGAACAAUCAUUCAUAGCAAUAUGGUAACUCAAGUGCCGCCUACGGGUUUAACUACGUCUCACUCUCUACCCUUGCCAACGCACGUAGCGUCCGUAACUCCCCAAGCGCCGCCUCCUGGACCUGUACUUCAUCAUCUGUCGGGAUACGGCGCAGCGACUCCCAUGCACAAUAAUACAGCGCAUAACGCUCUUACUUUCUCUGCAGCUCAAGCGGCGGUUAAUCAGGCUCUUCAAGGGCACGGUGAGACCCCCCAAAAUCAACCCGUCGAGUUUAAUCAUGCCAUUAAUUAUGUGAAUAAGAUUAAGAAUCGUUUCCAGGGACAGCCGGAAAAAUACAAACGUUUUCUGGAAAUUUUACACACCUAUCAGAAAGAGCAACGCACACUAAAGGAAACGGCAGCCGGUGGCGGUCCGGGAAAACACCUCACCGAGCAGGAGGUCUACAGUCAAGUUGCAAAAUUGUUCGAAAAUCAAAGCGACCUCUUAGCCGAAUUUGGUCAAUUUUUGCCAGACGCCACAAAUCACACAUCGCCGCCGCCGCUAUCCGAUCACGUGUCGAGUAUCAAUAAGAAACAGCCAACGAAGCAGCCAUUUCGUGAUCAUUUAUUAGAACGUCACAUUUCGCACAAGCCCAGCCAUAUUUCGAGUCAAAUCAAACGAUCGCCCCCGUAUCCCAGUCUUAUUCAUAGGGAUGCGCCGCCACCUAAGAAGCACAAGAUGUCUUCAUCUUGCCGGGAUAUUACGUUUACGGAAGCGUCCAAGCACGGAACGCUUAACGAUUUCGCCUUUUUUGAUAAAGUAAGGAAGGCCCUUCGCAUGCCGGAUGUUUAUAAUAAUUUUCUAAGAUGUUUGACGUUAUUUAAUCAAGAGAUUGUCUCGAAAAGUGAAUUGAUUCUGCUUGUCACGCCGUUUUUGGGAAAAUUUCCCGAACUGUUAAGGUGGCUACGCGAUUUUCUGGGACAGAGCGAGAAUGAACCAGUGCCAUAUAAUGUAACUAGGGUCGAGAGGCCGCAAGGAGAUCACGCGUUAGAUAUCGAUCUUGCUACUGCGAAACGUCUGGGCGCCAGCUACUGUAUCAUUCCUCCUUCACAGGAACCUCAGAAGUGUUCGGGUCGAACCCAGCUUUGUAAAGAAGUAUUAAAUGACCAGUGGGUUUCCUUUCCGACCUGGUCGGAGGAUAGUACGUUUGUUAGCUCGCGGAAAACGCAGUACGAAGAGUACAUGUACAGAUGCGAAGAUGAACGGUUCGAGUUAGACGUUGUGAUUGAGACCAACGCUUCCACCAUUAGGGUGCUCGAGGGGGUGCAGAAGAAAUUGAGCCGUUUAAGUCCCGACGAGAUAUCGAGAUUUCGUCUGGACGACUGUUUAGGUGGCAACUCUCCGAUUUUACAUCAGAGAGCGCUCAAACGUAUUUAUGGAGAUAAGGCACAAGAUAUUAUCGACGGGUUGAAACGGAACCCCGCGAUUGCGGUCCCUGUCGUUUUGAGGAGGUUGAAGGCGAAAGAAGAGGAGUGGCGAGAGGCCCAGAAAGGCUUUAAUAAAAUAUGGAAGGAACAAAAUGAAAAGUAUUACUUAAAAAGCUUAGAUCAUCAAGGAAUUAACUUCAAGCAAAACGAUGUGAAGGCGUUACGGUCGAAAAGUUUGUUUAACGAAAUUGAAACGCUUUUUGACGAGAGGCACGAGCAGAAUGAAGAGGGUACCUGUGAGCCAAUAGUCGGACCACACCUGGUAAUUCCCUACAGAGAUCGUACUAUUCUGGAUGACGCCGCUAAUUUACUUAUACAUCAUGUCAAAAGACAGACGGGAAUACAAAAAGGGGAAAAGCGAAGGAUUAAACAUAUUUUAAGGCAGUUUGUCCCCGACUUAUUUUUUCAUCCACGGCAGCAACUUAGCGAUGAUGAGCGGGAGGAUGACGAUGAGAAAGAAGACGUGGGGAACGAGAGUCCCAAUAGCAAUUCAAGUUCGGCGGAUGUGAAACCAAAGUUGGAUGGAGCAAGUCCUGGAAAAUCGCCCGCGCGAGCGCAUUCCGAUGGGGAAGCUUCAGACAAAUGCUUUCUCGAUGCGGAUGUUAAAGAAGAAGAUGUCAAAGUUCCUUUACAUGCUCAGACCUCUGAUCUGGAUGAAGCAUACGCAUUGUUUAUGUCCAACAACAAUUGGUACAUAUUUUUAAGGCUUCACGCCAUUUUAUGCGAGCGUCUGGCGAAAAUGUACGACCGUGCACUUAUUUUGGCGAGUGACGAAUUAAAAGAGAGGAUAAGUCGAAAAGAAAGUACCGCCGUCGCGCUAAGGCUAAAACCAAAACCACAAAUAGAAGUAGAAGAUUAUUAUCCGGCUUUCUUAGAUAUGGUGAAAAACUUACUAGACGGAAAUAUGGAUUCCAACGCUUACGAAGAUACGCUACGGGAAAUGUUUGGUAUUCAUGCGUAUAUCGCAUUCACUUUUGACAAAGUCGUGCAGUACGCCGUACGGCAGCUGCAACAUUGUGUCACUGAGCGUACGGCGAUCGCUUGUAUGGAACUAUUUCAGAAGGAGCAGAAGCGUGGAGGAGCGGGUGGGCUGUGUGCAACUGCUCAUCGGAGGAGUCAUUGCGAAUUGUCGUACCAGCGGCAAGCGGAAACCGCCGUACAGGAUGAAAAUUGUUUCAAAAUAUUUAUCUACAAGCGAGAUUGCAAAAUGACCAUAGAAUUGCUAGAUACAGAACCCGAAGAUCCCAAGAAGGCGGAUGAUGCGAAAAAGUGGAGUUCGUAUAAGGACCGGUACGUGAACUGUUCAAACAUAGACAGCAAAAUGCCUCGGUCGCCAGUCUAUUUAAAUCGAAACCUCCGCAUCCGAUUGCGAUUUGAUUCCUGCAAUGAUCUGGUUAACGACGAGGAGAAGCAAGAUUCAAGCAAGAGGUUGGAACAGAACGGUCCCGAGGAACCUUCGAGUAGUGGGAGUAGCGAAUUGAUUUCUAAGGAGAUUUGUCCGUUGGAAGAAUUGGAGAAGAAACUGAAUGAGAGAUCGCCACCUGAAAGGAAUCAAAGCAAACAUUCGGGUUAUGAUGUUUCUGAUGAGACGCAGUGUAAAUUUAAUUCGGGGGAUUCUAAGAUGAUGUUCACUGUGAAUAAGGAUAGUUAUUUGUAUAAACAUUGUGCCUUUAAAAAAGCCAGGAAGUCACAUCCGUCGGUAACAAAGCGUCUUGGACUCCGUUUUCGCUCAUGGCUGAAGCGCUGGACAUCGGCCAAUGUUAGUGACACGCAAUAUAAACAGUGCACCGACUGGCUGAUGGGUCGCGCGGAAGGUGUUGUGCCUAAUCGAACACGAGUUGUAAGUAAUAAUGAUCUGACACGCUCUCCAUAUUCUCCAUAUAAUCGCUACCGCGUCGAGAGGCUCUGCGAGGAGUCCUCAUAAAACUUCCUAAAGUGCAAAAGAACUUUUUAUUCGCGUUAAUAUUUAUUGAAACUUAAAUUCUUCGGUCGAUCUCUGGGUACCCGUUGUAAUCUCAUUAAUUUAUCAUUUGUUUAUAAAACUUACGACUUUAAGUUGCUGUUUAGUAAUAGUUGUGAAGGUUUGUGUUGUUUCUAUUUUGUACAAUGAGGCUAUCGCCAGGUGCUUUAACUUACUUUUAGUGCAUAAAAUAACACAGUGAUACAAUUUAUUUUUUAAGUUGCAAACCAAAUUUGUUCUACGAAGCGUUUCAAUUUUUGAUGUAAAAUCAUAGUACGUUUGUAAGAAGAAACAAUUGUCGAGUUAACAAUUUAAUGAAGAAACAAAGGGCUGUAUUGGAGAUAACUGCACGGUGUUUUUCCUAUUAUUGUUUAACAUGUAAUAUAUCGUAGUCUCAGUUUUAUCUGCAAUUUACACACACUGUUUAACAAUAAAUGAUUGAAUUUUGUUCUAUUCAGAUUGUGGGACAUUGUGUGUUAUUUUUAUUAUAGAUUCAAUAUUCUUAUACUUAUAAGCUACAUGUAACAAAAUUUGUUUUUGUUUACAGGUCAAUACAAAAAAAAAAAACGUGUGACCGUCGUUAAAUUGUUAAUUGCUGCUGAUUUUAUGUCACAAAAUUGUAUUUGUAAACACGAAAAUACCUUUGUUGAUCUUUGUUUUUCUUUUUCUAUUAUUUUAUAGUAUAGUAUAGUUUUUGUGUUUUUUGUUUUUCUUUACGUUGUUUUGUUAGCAACAAAAGAAACGUGACGACUGUUUGUUUUAAAAAACUAUUUUUGUUCUAAUCGAAAUGUUGGCAUAUCACUUUGUUUGCUAGUGUAGCUCUCGAGUAUAUAUGUAUUUGUUGUAAUUUAUUUGACGGUUGCGGUAGUUGUUCCCAUUUCUGUUCUAAAAGGUCUACUGCCUAUCCUGUGUCUUUUAUUUCUAUACUUGUGAAACAGCGCAAUAUUUUAACUCAGGCAUCUGUGCAAAAAUACAAAAGUACAAAGUAUAUUUUUGACGUUGAAAAAAUAUAUUGUAUUUGCGAGAUAUGUCAGCAUUUAUGUGAAAUGUACAUAAUCAUUUUUCGUGUAAAAUUAUUCUAGAAAAGUGACAUUCCAUUUUAUAUAUUAUGACAUUUUGUGUGUAGAUAUCUGUAUAUACAUACAUACUAUUAUGGUUUCACAUUUUGUCCACUAUUAAUAUGUAAAAAAUGAAGUGAGAGCAUCUGUAUAAAUGAAAUGUGGACAAUGGAUCGUGUACAGAUUUAUACUUACCAUUUUAAUGAUAGAAAUUUAAAUUUGUAAAUAGUACCAUUUAUAAGAAAAGAAAUUCUUAUUGAACAAA